CUUAAUUAAAUAAUAAUAAUAACAAUAAUGUUCAUAACUAACUUAAUUAAAAGCAAAUUAACAUCUGCAUUACAGCCAUGGCUGUUACAGGAACUGGAAUUGGAACUUAAGUUAGGGUUUCUUCGGUCUCACGUAAUUGCGAAAAACCUCCGUUUUGAUACUUUAAAACUUAAUAAUGCGGUUUUAGAUGAUUCUAGUAGCUUCUACUUUACGGAAUUUCGAAUCGAUGAGUUAACCCUUAGAAUUGAUUACUGGUCUGCUCCUGCUUUCAUUUGGCAUGUCCAGGGUUUCCACGUCACCAUUUCCCCUAGGGGAGUGGAAAGGAAGGGAAAGGUCCGGGAAUUGUCAGAGGUGUUGUUGGAGGAGAAGAAGAGGGUUUUAUGUGAAAUUGACCCUGAGGGUAGUGCUUUGCAUGAUAUCAUGGAAAAGCUUGCGGAUAUUGCUCCAUCAAAAAGCCAGACAACUUCUCUCCCAAAGCUUAUCCUGAAUUAUUGCUCCUUACAAAUGUGUGAUAUCAAUCUGCAUCUGCACUCUUCCAUCUCAGGUGACUCCUUUGAAUUCUUUUGGGAGACUAAGGAGCUUAACGUAGACUCUCGAAUAGUCAGACCUCCUAGUUUCUUAAGAGGUUACAUGAAUUCACUUCUUGCAUAUCAGAAAGAGAGCUAUUUUGACCUCGAAAUCGUAGGUUCAAACAUAAGAUUGAAGAGUCAUGAUCGUGUUAGUCUAGUGUGUUAUUCUAGUGAUAUCAUCUGUUCCUUAAAGUUGAAUGAUCUUCAGUUGAUUCAACUUCAGGGUUCUGUUGAGGAGUUGGUGUUUUUGUUUUCUCCAGCGGAUGUCUUCACGAUAUCAGUGAUUAUGAGAGAAUUAUCAAGGAAAUCAUCGCCUAUAAGAAAUGGUAGGCAACUCUGGAAAGAAACUGCAACUAGAAUUAAGUCAACACGUAGAUGGUCAAUCCGGAAAUUAGCUAAUGUUGUUUGCCUAUGGUUGCACUAUGUAAGUGCUUUGGAGAAAUUGUUUUCAUUAGUUGGAUAUCCUAUGGGGGCUAUGAUAAAACAAUCCACUGUAAAGAUGUCUGAAGAUGCGACGUGGUCGAAAUCCUUUAGAUGCCAAUGGGACAUAAUUUCUGAAAUUGAGAAAGAAUUACCAGCUCCUGGUAUCGCACUGGCACGCCGGGUAGUCAGAAGCAGAACAGUAAAAAAUGUUGUCUCGAGUGAAAAGGAGCUUCCGGUCACCAAGUACUUGGAGUACUUCCAACAGACUUGCCAUUUACUUUUUCUUCUAUGGAGUUUCUUCUGUAUGAUAUUAAAUACGAUAAUUUUCUGGCUGCUAUUGAGAAGUUCUUUUGCUGCCGAUCCUAACAAGGAUAGGACCGGAGCUCUUCCAGAAGAUUCCUGCCUGAAUCAUUGUUAUAGUCUAAAUUUAGGGAAAGUUUCUAUCACCAUUUCCCCUGAUAAUGCGAUACCUUCCAUCGGUAAAAAGAUUGUUUUGGGCAGGAGAGUUUCACACUUGGAUCUAAUUUCUUUCUCUAUAGUAUUUGAUACAAUUAUCCUUCUUUACAAUGAAAAUAUCUGUGAGCAUCAUUUGACUUUCUCCUGUGGGAGCUUUGAGGUUAUUUCUUCAUCUGUGGCAGGAGCUAGCACAAAUAAGCAUAAAUAUUCCAUAAAAGGGCGUAAGAAGUCUGAAGUUUUAGAUUCAAAAACUAUCUUAUCGAGUAAACCCGCUGUUUAUACUGAAAUGGUCACUCUCCCAAUCCUAGAAAGCCUCAUAAAUCAAACGUGGUCAAAUUGGAAUCUGUCUUGUGCAGAAUUUGAAAAAACCACCGAUGAGCACUUAAAAAAACCUUUCAUUCUCUGUGAAAUUAAGCAUAUGUUGACAGAUCAGGACCGCAGUAGUUUGAGUUAUUUCUUUUCCAACUGUUGUUUGGUAUUAGGCGAGUUGAACGUCUUUUUGGGGUAUUCAUCAACAUUAUCGUUAACUCUACUUCUUCGGCAAAUACAAGAUGCUUUCAGUUCGCCUGCGAGUUAUCAGAGGACUAAAGCACUCAUAUCUCCUGCAACGCCAUCUGAGGGGUCACCAAUGAGAGUUUGGGAUUAUCAUUCCUUUAUUGAUGAAAUGGAAAAGACAAUACAUAGAGUAUUACCAGAAAGGGUUAUUCAGUUUGGAGUAUACAUUGUCGGUCCUCAAAUCCAUGUAUCACUGAGAAAGGACAGUUUUCAAAGUAGGGCUAUAAAUUUGCAUGAAGAAGUAGAUGAUAUUCACCUAUCUUUUAAUUGUAAAAACAUUGAACUCAUUAUAUCACCGAAUCUAGCAGCUAAUUCCACAUUAGUAAAGGAACUUGAAAUAGCUGACCUGGCUAAGUCGGAUGAACGCUACCAGUGUCAAGAGCAAAUAAUGCUUGAUGCCUCGUUGAUAAUUCAUGGUAUGAACGCUUACCUUGAUGACUCGCCUAAACUCCAACGGUCUCAGAUUAUCACAUUAAAGCCAAUAAGGAUUCAAAUUUCAACCGUAAGGAAUGAUACCUGGUCUUUUGGAGAAAGUAUACGUGCUUUCUCUGUAAACCUGCAUGGGAGUGCUUCAGGGAUCUCUGGUCUAAUAUUUGCUGAUGAGUUAUCUGUUUUAUCUGAGGCGGUUAAUGGUUUGAUGUUUUCUUUGUCUCGUGAUAUCAACACAAUUGGCUCCUCCAAUUCUGAAAGUUUUCACUACAUAAAUAGUCGUGAGACAUUGGUUGGUGGUUCUGAAAAAGAGAUGCUGGUGACUACAAGUACUGGAUCAUCGUUAGUCAUUCGAAGGAUUCUAUAUACUCUUAAAUGCACAUCUGAAAUCCAGUUAGUGGAUAUAGUAGUUCAUAAGUCAAGGAAGGUCAGUACCAUGGAGAAUCAAAUGACUAUCUCAGAAUCGUUUACAAACCAGAACUUGUCUGUGCACUUCUUGCCUGACAAUGGUAUUCAGAUAUGUUUACAGCAAAUGCAUAUGAAAUUUUUGUACGAAAAGAAAAGAGGGAAAAUGGACGGGCUUGCUGAUCUUUUUGGGUUACGAGCUGUUCUUUUCAGAUACGAAAAUGAUGUCAUGAAUAACUAUCUUGUGCCACAAUCUCAGGAUGUAUGUGAAUUGUCAGUUUCCAAUUGCAUAUUCAAUUUAUCUUUGACACAUCUUCCGAGUGAGUUAUCAUUGUCUAACAGAGUAGCUGAAAACUCUGGUUCUGGAAGUAAAAUUUCACACACUAUGGUAGAUCCCAUUUUGGCAAAUAUUUCUCAAGAGCCAAUUGCUCAACCUCAUAAAGGUGGUGAGGACGCCGGUCUUGCUCAGUCGACUGUAGCUCCAGUGUCAAAUACUUGUUUACAGGCAAGAAUUUCCUCAACUGAAGUUUGUAUGGUAGGAUGCCCUUUAAAGGAUGUAGUAGUUGGAAAACAUCAGUCCAGUAAGCUAGAGAUAUUUCUUUCUGCUGAGGGUGGCAGUCAAACUAGUAUUUUUUGCCGCUGUCAGGGAGGCAUUUUCUUCCUCGACACCGUAUCAGCUGUGAUGUUUUCUCAAUGUGGAAAUUCAUACAUACGUCGCAUCAGACAUCUUUUACGUGGUCAACCGUCAUAUCAGGAAAACCUACCAGAUGCCAGUAGCGCAAAUAUUACUAUGACUGAGGCUCAGUUAGGAGUGUGGAAUAUUCCAGAAGAUUUUACCAUAGAUCUCUCUCAAUUUUAUCUUGCAUUAAUUGCUAGAGAUGAAUCUGGAAGAAUUCAACAACUUUUGUUUGGUGCUGACAUGAAAUUGGACCUUAAAGUUGUCAAUAUGAGGAAAAAGUUUUCGUUUGGUCUUUCGCAACUGUCCAUUCUUUCUCGUGUUCUUCAAGAAUCCACUAAACAUCAAGAUAGUGGUGUUCAGACUCCUGUAAUGUCUUCUAGCACGUCUAGUGAUGCAUCUUAUUAUUUAAUAUCAAAAGACAUGCGAGCAGCAUUAGAACAGACGGAUGAGAUUCAUUCUGUAGCAACUGAUGGAAGCAGCUCCAGUUCUGAUUCCCAUCAAGCCUCUGAAAGCUACAUCUUGAAAAAGUUAAGUUGUUUCCUAGAAGCUGAGGAGCCUGUGCGAUGGGAUUCUUCAAAUUCUCUGACAUUAAAUCCUUGGGUUGGUAGUGGUUCUAUUUCAGGUUUUGAUGUGACAGUAUCCUUGCGCGAGCUACAAAUGAUGCUUUCAGUUGCUGAACUUUCCGGGGUCUCCACAAAAGAAACAACUGCCAACGUGCAGCGAAGGCAUUUGUAUAAUGGCGAGGAGUCUGAGAGAAAGUUGGAGAAGAUGGUCCAAGAUGGGAGUCUCGUUGCAAUCCAAGAUGUCCAUCAGCAUAUGUAUAUUGUUAUAGAAGGUACAGAAAGAAAGUAUCAUUUGGCUGGUGCAAUGCAUUAUUCACUUGCUCAAGAGUUGUCUCUUUUCAGGGUGAAGUAUCAUUAUCAAAGAAUAUGGAAGUCAUCAUAUUUAUGGUUCACUUUGACUUCAUUAUGCGCCAAGAGUGAAUCUGGGGAACCCCUGCAGUUGAACUGUAAUUCUAGAUCGAACUUUGUUGAACUUUCCAGCCCUGGUAACAGUGGGACAGCACUUUGGCGGUCACAGCCUUACAAUUCUACAAGUUCUGAAGAUGAUAGUGAGCUAGGCGUGUACGAAAAUGCAGAUAAAAGCUUAUUUUACCUAAUGAAUAAGAAGAAUAAUUGUCCUAUAGCUUUUGUUGAAGGUGUGCUAGAAUUUGUAAGCACGCCUGGAAAUCCAUUCAAGUGGAAAGUUUUUCAGGAUUUUCCUUUGGCUCGUGAUCCAUUAAUGAUAGAUAACUUCCCAGUGAAGGAAUCUAGGAAUGGUGCACAAGAUACUUUACAAGCGGAUAAAAAGAAGUCCUUCAUUGAUUUCACGAUUGACAAAAUUUCUUGGACCAUCUAUCAUGAGCUUUCUGAUACAACGGAAAAGUUCCCACUUCUCCAGAUGUCUAUGCUUGCUCCUGAAUUUAUCAUACAGAUAAUGAAUGCAAAAACGAGGGUGAUGGCCAAACUUAUAGUUGAUCUAUACUCGUUUGAUGCCCAGAGAAAUUUAUGGAGUACGCUUCUACAUCCAGUUGAAGUAAGUAUUUUCUGGAGAUCUAGGUUUCAAAGCCGUGGUUUAGGAACUGCUUCACAUGGAAUGCCUGUCCACUUCUAUGCUAGAGUUCAAGAGUUUCGUGUAACCAUAAUCGAGCUCGCACUGGACAUACUUCUGUUUGUGAUUGGAAAUCUGAAUUUGGCUGGUCCUUAUGCAGUUCAAAGCUCUGUGAUCUUAGCGAACUGCUGCAAGGUUGAGAACCAAACAGACUUAUCUGUGUUUUGCCAGUUUUUGGAUAAACAGUGUGCUACAAUACCCAGAAAACAGUCAACAACUGUGUUUUUAAGGAACUUGGCUUUAGAUCAACCACCAGAAGCAUCAUUUGUAUCGAUUCAACUUGCCGAUCGAGGAGAUUUUUUGACCCUUCCGAUUAAAUUUUCACUAUUUAAAGCUGGAACAUUUGCUUGGAGAACACGUAUAGUUUCUAAAAAUGAUUCCAAGACAUUCCCCGGGCCACUCAUUAUAGUAGAAAUUUCAUGGAAAUCCGAGGAUGGAUUGUCCAUUGUCGUCUCUCCGUUGUUAAGAGUACAUAAUAAAACGGAUUUCCUUAUUGAGCUCCGAUUUCAACGCCCGGAGCAACAAGAAAAUCAGCAUGCUUCUGUAGUGGUUAAGGCAGGGGAUACAAUUGAUGAUUCCACGGCAGCUUUUAAUGCCAUUAAAGCUUCUGGUGGAUCAAAGAAGGCGUUGAUAUCUUUAAGUGUCGGUAAUUUCAAUUUCUCCUUCAGACCUAAAAUUUCUGGCGACUCAAUGGGAUGGUCUGACGAACUUAAAGGUGGAAAGGCUGCUCGGCUCUCCGGAUUAUUUGAUAAAAUAAGUUACCAUGUACGGAAGGCUUUUCCUGUUGAAUCAGCAAAAUCAUCCUUCAGCACAGCUCGUACUGAUUCAAAAUCAGAAGACGGGCAAGUUGAUAAUUUGCACUUCUUAAUUCAGAGCACCAAAAGAGAUGUACCUAUUUCACAAUCAGAAAGAAGGGCUUCAAAUGUUGCACUACUUGAGCAAAAAGAAAUAUUUAUUCUUCCGACUGUACAAAUAUGUAAUCUAUUAGAGUCUGAGAUACACGUUGUUUUGAGUGAUAAAGAUCGCUAUUUUCCUCAGGAUCCCGGGAACACGAGCAAGCAGGCAACCAUUCCUCGUGGGUCAAGUGUUAAUUUGUAUGCCAAUCCUGAGGCAAUGUUCUUUACUGUUACUUUGACUGAGUUUGGAUUAAGCUGUAACCCCGUAAAUUGUGGUGAUUGGGCUAUAAAGUUACUGAAGAAGAAAAAAGAUAAUCAAAACUUGGACAUGGAGUUGAACUUCGGUGAUGGAAGAUAUUUUGGUUCUUUAAGGUUGUCUUGCGCGCGUAUGGGCAUAUUGGAGGCUGCUAUAUUUACACCAUACACACUGAGGAACAACAAUGAUUUUGGUUUAUAUUGUCUUGCAUCAAACCAUAAUCCUCUAUCCAGAGAUGAAGCCGAAGAACUCGAUUCUCAAGGAUAUUCUCGACUUGGAGCUUUACUUCCUCCUAAGUCAGCUAUAUCAUGGUUUUUUAGAACAAACAAGGUGUCCCUGAAAUUGUUGGAUGACAAAGCAACUGAAAAGGCGUUAUUGGACUUGGAUGCAAUAUCGGGCCUUACAGAGAUUAAUCUAGAAGUGGAAGAAGCAGGACUUAAGUAUAUUACAAAGUUGGGUGUUUCAUUACAUUCAUCUUCUGGGAAAGUAGUUCCAUCACAAGUAGUAUCGUUGAGUCCAAGAUAUGUAGUGCUGAAUGAAUCAGAUGAAGUGAUCACUCUCCGUCAGUGUAACUUGGAGAAUGACAUGGAGGGCAUGUCUACUGUCGGCAGUAAACAGAGAAAAGCAUUACGACUUUGCAACAGAAUGAUCAAGAAGAGGGAAACCGGCAUUUUUGAGAACUUCAUUAGAAAGCAUAGAAAUGCUGAAGAUGAUGCGAUGCUGUUUAUUCAGUUUCGACUAACUGAUGCUGGAUUGGGUUGGUCGGGUCCUGUAUGUGUUGCUUCAAUGGGUAGAUUUUUUCUAAAAUUUCGUAGAUCUGUAAAUGAAAAUGACCAAGAAAUUGCAAGAGAAGGAAAUGGACAAGAGUUUGCUGCUGUUAUUGUUUCAGAAGAGAAUUCUUCUCUUGUUUUACGCUUCCACAGACCACCCAACAUGAAUUUGCCUUACAGGAUUGAGAAUUGUUUGCGUGAUGCAUCUAUAACUUACUACCAGAAGGGUUCGACCGAAAUCGAGACUUUGGGAUCUUCAAAGCAAGUUAAUUAUGUCUGGGACGAUUUAUCUCGUACUCAUAAGCUGGUCAUCCAAAUAAGUGAUUUGCAUCUGCUACGUGAAGUGAACUUGGACAAGGUGCGAGCAUGGAAAUCCUUCUAUAAAGUGGGACAACAUAGAGCAUUGGGGUUUAAUUCCUCCCUAAAUAAAAAGGCGGGAACAAGUCUUGGUCACUUAAAUGAUAUGGAUAUGGUGAAUUUGGGUUAUGAAGUUUAUGCAGAUGGCCUCACUAGAGUUCUUAGAAUUUGUGAACGUAAUGAUAGCCGCAAACUGGAUAGAGGAUUCUAUCCUGGCGCUAAAGUUACAUUUAGGGUCUCCAGGUUUGCAAUCAACUUCUGUGAACGUACCAAGCAGGAAGAAGACCCGGAUCAAUCAUUUGUCUACACACCAAUCAUUGUUAUGCGGCUUAGUAAUAUCAGUCUCGAUUCCAUGUUUACUGAUCAGCAAAUACUUAAUCAGAUUAGGGUUCAGUCUAUAAGUGUAGAUCAGAAGUGGGUAGGUGCUCCUUUUGCUGCAAUGCUCCGUAGGCAUCAAACAGGAUUCACGGAUACACACGACAGCAUGCUCCGUGUAGUGCUCAUUCUGCUCCCGUCUACUUCCAAUAUCCGACAAAUAAAAUACUCAUCCAUUGUUCUUCAGCCAGUUGACUUGAAUCUGGAUGAGGAAACCCUAAUGAGGAUCGUCCCUUUCUACAGAAGAUCACUCAGUGACCCAAAUGCUCCCAGUCAGCAGUAUUACUUUGAUCAUUUUGAGAUACACCCAGUCAAGAUCAUAGCAAGCUUUCUACCUGGAGAUUCAUAUUACAGUUAUAAUUCAACACAGGAGACACUCAGGUCCUUGCUGCACAGUGUCAUAAAGAUUCCUGAAAUAAAAAACAAGACGGUCGAGCUGAAUGGUGUCCUUGUUACUCAUGCUUUGAUUACUAUACGUGAACUUUCUAUCAAGUGUGCACAACAUUAUUCAUGGUAUGUAAUGCGAGCAAUCUACAUAGCAAAAGGAAGCCCAUUGCUUCCCCCAGCUUUUGCCUCAAUUUUUGAUGACCUGGCUUCUUCAUCUCUCGAUGUUUUUUUUGAUCCUUCAAGUGGCUUGGUCAAGCUUCCUGGGCUCACCUUAGGUACGUUCAAGCUUCUCAGUAAAUGCAUUGAUGGUAAAGGAUUCUCUGGGACCAAGCGUUAUUUAGGUGAUUUAGGGAAAACUCUUAAAACGGCUGGAUCCAAUAUACUUUUUGCUGCUGUCACCGAGGUUUCAGACUCGGUGCUGAAGGGAGCAGAAACUAGCGGUUUUAAUGGAAUGUUUAAUGGUUUUCAACAAGGAAUACUGAAAUUGGCAAUGGAACCGUCUGUACUUGGGAGUGCUUUUACUGAAGGUGGUCCAGAUCGAAAAAUUAAGCUUGAUCGUAAUCCCGGCAUUGAUGAGUUAUAUAUCGAAGGAUAUUUACAAGCUAUGUUGGAUACAAUGUAUAAACACGAAUAUCUUAGAGUGAGAGUGAUUGAUGACCAGGUUGUCCUGAAGAACCUGCCACCGAACAGCGUACUUAUAGAUGAAAUUAUGGACCAUGUGAAGGGCUUCCUCAUCAGCAAGACAUUGUUGAAAGGAGAGACUUCAUCCUCUCAUCCAUUGCACCAUCUUAGAGGGGACAAUGCAAGUGAAUGGAGAAUUGGUCCAACAAUUUUGACUUUGUGUGAGCACCUCUUUGUAAAUUUUGCAAUCGGAUGGCUGAGAAAGCAGGCUAGUGAGCUGACAUCCAAAAUCAAAUGGGAGGGUAAGUUUAACGCUGGUGAUGAACAAGCUAUUGUCCAGGUAUCCACCCCAAAACAGCAGAGUAAGGCAUCUGUAUUGAAGUGGGGUGUUGGAAGGUUUGUUUUUGCAGGUAUUGUUGCAUAUAUUGAUGGUAGGUUAUGUCGUAGUAUUCCUAAUCCUGUAGCUAGGCGCAUCGUUAGUGGUUUUGUGUUGAGUUUUCUUGACAAAAAUGAUGAUAAAUGAGAAUUGUCCAGUGUAUAUUACCUGUAUAUUGGUAGAAUAGAAUUACUUCAGAAAUUUUGAUAGACGGUUGAAGUAAAAUCGAACCAUCAAAAGAUACGCUUGGGAAAACUGUACUAAUAUAUAAUUACAUACAUUAGAAUGCUACUUUAUAUUUAAA